AUGAGAGACAAAAGAGGAACUCAGGCUCAAUUUGAAAUUAUGUUAGAUUUUAUGGAACGUAAUGGUGAUAUAAGCAAGCCACCUCCAGGUUCCCAAGGACGGUUAGACAAUCUACAGAAAUGGCUUGAGCUAGCAGACUUGUUGAAUAAAUCUAGGGGUGAACCAAAACCACUAGAAAAAUGGCGAAAGGCUUGGAGUGACCUCAAAAACAACACAAAAAGAAAAAUAAAGAAGAUCAAAGGCCAAGGUGGUGAUGGUCCUGAUCUAACAGAUGUUGAGAGGAGACUCUUGAAGUUAUUAAGGGAACAGAGUGGUUUAAAGAGAAGUUCAGAGUCUGAUGAUGAUAAUGAAAUUCUUUUUAAGGAGGAAAUGGAACCAGAUCCUUGCACAAGAACACUAUCACCACCUCCUCAAUAUUUCUGUGCCGUCAAUGGGACAGCUUCGCGUCGCAGAAAAUCAACGGCAUCUUCCUUUGCGUCCGACAGUUCUUCUUCAAACCAUACAUCUGAUAAAAGAAAAAAGCCUUUCAAUGACGAAAUAAAAGAGGUUACAGAUAGAUAUUUUGAAUUUGAAAGAGAGAGGGAAAAGUUGGCUCAUGAAAGAGAAAUGGCUAGAAUAAAACAGAACGAACAAUUGAUCGGUAUUUUUGGUAGGAUGGUGAAUGUUUUAGAAUCUUUAACGCCGAGCGUACAAAAAUAUUUAAACCGGAAUAACAACGAAGGUGGAUGA